ACAAAGGAAAGUAAUGUAUUUUGGCUGAAGUAGAUCUAUCAGAUCCCGAACUGUCCAUCUUGGUGUAGCCUGUAUUUGUUCAGACAGAUAUCUAUCUGUCCUUAAUCCCACGCACCAUCGUAAAGGUUCAGGCUUGGUAUUUCUCUCCGCUCCGGCUGAGGAGGAGAAGAAAGACUUUCAGCAAGGGAACCCUCAACAGCAAUUUCCAGAAGCCCUUCUCCUCAUCAGACAAGAGUUCCUUUCCCAAGCUGCUUCAACGGGCUGCCCCACUCUCGGCGCUAUGAGGGGCUGAUGUAAUCGUCUCAAACUCUCUUCAAUCUUCUCAAAGAAGGGUACUCAAUCCGUCAACAUCCUCGCUUCAGGUCGCCGCUACCUCUUCUUGGGGGCUUGACAACCAUAUCCUUCCAGCGGACUCGCAUCGCCUCAGGCCCUUCCUGUAUUGCGACAGGCGCACUUCCGGCGGAGAAUCAACGCCUCCUCAGACAAGUUGUCGGAAACAAGAGGCAUGGAGAUCAUUUCAAGUCGAGAUGACGAGAAAAGACCGCAGGCCUUCCAGCAGGGAGACAGAGAGUGGUUGAAGGAGGAAACUGGCCGACUCCGCGGAACUAGCACAAAGCGAAAGAAACUACCAACUGCCUCCUCAGCCGAACUCUUGGAUGUAAGAGCUCAAGACCUUCCAGCAGGAGUCUUCCGGGCCAAGUUCGACGCAAAGCCUCCUUUCCCGCUCGACGCAGGAAGUCGUCUCGAAUGGUCUUCCGAGUCCCAGCUUUCUUGGGACCGAAACCGGUUUUCCAAUGAUCGCAUGGCACAUGGAAAAAAAAAUAAAAAUGAUACGAAAUCCUCCGGAGCAGGAUAAAUGAUUCGCUCGACGCCGGUGUGAUGCGGGUGGUUACAUCCCGAGCCAGAAUUCAGAACUCCGGCCCCCGGCUUCCUCAGAGGCCGGAAGCUAGCCAAAUCCAGGAUCAGGGAACACCUCCCAUAAGGCGGAACGAUUGUCGCUUUCGACGCUUUGGGCAUGUUUUGUCGCUUUCUGACAACCACAAACCCUAGGCGGAGCGACGGAGCGCUCAGAACGCUUUCGGGUUUGCAAAACGGAUUCGCCGCAGACUGGUUCUCUGUUCGCAACCCCUG